AUGUUCCAAACCUUCACCGGCUCUUCGCGCCGCCCUCGUCAGGUCAACCUCUCCGGCCGUGUCUCCAACCCCUUCGCCCAGCUCGGUGCUGGCCAAGGCUCGCAAUCCGCCGUCCAAAGCGCCCAGCAGGAGCGAGCCCAGCGUCAGCGCGAGCGUGACCGCCUCCACGCCGCCAGGAUUAUCCAGAAGACGUGGCGCGGCCAUGCCUGCCGCCGAGCCUUGUACCACCAGAUACGGCGGGAUUGGGAUGACUUGGAGAGCCAAUCCCAAGCCGACGCACCCUACCCCACCGAGGCCGAUGCCUUCCUCCAGAUCCAACGCCUUCUCCUCUUCGUGAACCUGCGCAAUGAGGAAGACCACCGGAGACUCACCCGCUACUGCAACCGCGCCAUGAAGUCGGAAUUCACAGGGGGGCCUUGGCCCAUGGCCUAUUUGCGAUUGGAGCAGGCAGUGCUGGGCACACUGACCCGCCAGGUGAAUGCUAUAUCUGAGAGGAUGAAGAAGACGGAUAAGGCUGGAAAGGAUGCCAAGAACACGGCUUCGUCAGUGCUUGAGGCUCCAGCUGUUUUGCCGUCGCUUGAAGCUUUGUGUUAUUUGAACGAGUUGAUACCCAAAGAGGCUGCUGUACUUUCCAACCUCUAUUAUCAAGCUAUGGCUAGCGUCACGGCAGCGGCUUUUUCCACCGACUCCCCGCCAGCGGGAGCUUCCGACCCGGAAGUGCAAAAGCAGGCCUUGUUCCGGGCAAUCGUCGGUCCUCUCACGAAAUUCCAUGCCAAUACUGAACUAGCAUAUGAAGCCUUCGCUGGCCACUAUCUCCACAUCGAGGCGUUGAGUUCUGGCGAUGCCUACACCUGCGCCGCAACAACUGGACAGGAAUGGUUGGAUCAGCUGGCAGCCAGCCUGAAUGUAAAGCUUCUUGCGCACUCUGUUGCCGAACUUGUGCGGACCUCAAGGAUCGAUAAAUAUGAGUUGAGCGUCGAGAGCCGCGUGCGCUUACUGGGCUGCUUCAUCUACUGCCAUAGGCACGCUCAUAACUUCAGCAGCGCCCAUGAGUACUCUUCUCAGAAAGACUUCGUCUCCGUAGUCUCGAACCUCCUCUCCUCUGUUGCUGACGAUGUCACGCUUGAUACUGCCAGCAUUGGCGAUGGCGACGAUGAGAGCAGCUGGAAGAAACAACCCUACAAGCGCAUAACUCUGGCACCCUUCCUGCAAGAGCAGAUUACGUCACUUGUCGACGAGAGCAGCAUUCGUGGUCUACUGGCGGAUAGGUCGAGCGAUUCGCUGGAUGACGAGGCGAGAGAGCUCGCCAGCUACGCGCUGACUCUCAUUCGCUUCUUCCCUCGUAGAGGCGAUGAAAUCCGCAUGUGGCUUUAUCUUGGCUCUAGCGACAUUCGAAGCACUCCAGCCAUCAAGUACUUCUGGCAGGCUGUCCGCGCCACCAGCGUAGUACAGAAAAUCUCCAGAGACUCGAGAGCUGCGAUUGAGUUAUUGAAAGAUAAGAAGAGCGCUCCUGCCGCUGACCGUUGGCAGGCGCCAUCAAUCUUGGACGACACUAACUCAGUGAUCACUAAGGAGUGGCAAGUUAUUCUGAUUUUCUUAGAACUCUACAUAUUCGUCCUGAAAGUUAUGGAUGAUGAGGAGUUCUUCUCGGGAGGCAACGUCAUGGACAUUGAUAGUGGGUCAAGGUCAUCGAGGACUCGGGAGAAUGCUCUUCCUUUGAGUGAUGUAAGAGACCUCACCGUUUUCCUCAAAAACCUAGGCUUCACCAUGUACUUCAACGCGUCGGAGAUUCUGGGAGAUGACCAACGGGAUACGUCAUCCACCGGUGGGAUUCGGGAUUUCUUCAGACUAUCAUCAGCUCCAAACGAGGCCACGGAAACUACUCAGCAGGAGCGAAAGCCUGAACAACACGCGAUAGGCGGUAUUACGGGAAUGAGCCUUGACUAUGUUAAAGGACUUGUAACUGGACUGCUGCGGAUGGUGUACGAGAGGGAUUCGCGUCGCAAGUUUUUACCUAAGGAUCACUGGCUGAUGACGUCUCGUUUCGACAUGGGUGGCUUUAUUUCUGCCGUGGUCGAAGAAGAGGAGAACCGGAACAGACUUCAAGAGGAAGACGACGAAGAUGCAGGUCAAGAGAUGGAUCAGGACAUUGACGGUCUCGACAUGAGCAGCGAGCGGCAUCUGAUCGGUACUCGACGGACUCAGCAGGCUCGGCACCUCGACAGGUUGCAGAUGCAGCAAAGGAGAGCUAGCCGGAAGAGGUACCUGCAACUCGUGGCGCCGCGCCUGGAAAUACUGCAAAACAUGCCCUUUUUCAUACCCUUCACAACCCGGGUACAGAUAUUCAGGGAGUUUGUACGUCUGGACCAGAUCAAAAGGAGGCAUGGCCGGAUCGAUCCCGACCAGUGGCGCAUGGCUAUGAUUCACGAACUUCAUUCGCGCGAUCACAUCGACAGGCAUCACGCCAAAAUCAGACGCCAGCACGAGUUUGACGAUGCGUUUGAGCAGUUCUACGGACUUGGCGAGCAGCUAAAGGAACCGAUUCAAAUUACCUUCGUGGACCAGUUCGAUACGGUUGAAGCUGGCAUUGAUGGAGGUGGCGUUACGAAAGAAUUCCUAACCAGCGUGACUAGCCAGGCGUUUGCACCGACACCAACCGGCAUCAACAUGUUCGUGGAAAAUGAGGCGCAUCUACUUUAUCCCAACCCGUCGGCAGUGGAGCACCAGAAGGAGAUACUGCGUGAAGUAGGAGUGAAGGAGGGAUCAAGUCUUUGGACCGAGCAACUACGGAACCUCCUCGAUCGGUACGAGUUCCUUGGACGCAUCGUUGGCAAAUGCCUUUACGAAGGGAUUCUUGUGGAUAUCAACUUUGCUCCGUUCUUCCUGCUCAAAUGGGCUCUAACUGGUGGUUUGAACUCUGCUACCAAAGAGUCGGGUUACCGCGCGAAUCUCAAUGACCUCCGCGACCUCGACGAGGAUCUCUACCAGGGACUCCUCAAACUGAAGAACUAUCCUGGCAACGUCGAAGAAGACUUGUCCCUCUACUUCACCAUUACUGACGUCAUCCGCACCGACCCUAUAACGGGCAAGCAGACGACCGUCACCAAAGAACUUUUGAAGGAUGGCGCCAACACCCCAGUCACGGACCGGAACCGGCUUGUCUAUAUAUCUCUCGUCGCGCGCCAUCGUCUCCAAGUGCAGCCAGCCAUGCAGACCGGAGCCUUCCUCCGUGGCCUCUCAGCAAUGAUCUCGCCGUCUUGGCUCAGCAUGUUCAACCAGUCGGAGCUCCAGACGCUCAUCGGCGGCACUUCGAGCAGCAUCGACGUGGCCGACUUGCGGCGCAACACGCAGUACGGCGGUCUCUACGUCAUCGGCGACGACGGCCUGGAGCACCCGAGCGUCCAGCUCUUCUGGCGCGUCAUGGAGAGCUUGUCCGACGAGAACAGGCGCGCCGUGCUCAAGUUCGUGACGAGCACGCCGCGCGCGCCGCUGCUCGGCUUUGGCAGCCUGAACCCCAGGUUCAGCAUCAGGGAUGCCGGUAACGACAUGACCAGGCUGCCCAGCACGAGCACGUGCGUGAAUUUGCUGAAGCUGCCGUUGUACAAGGAUGAAAAUACGUUGAGGGAGAAGUUGCUGUACGCAGUAAACUCCGGGGCCGGGUUCGAUUUGUCGUAA